CCUGCCGGGACGGACUACGGGACGCCACUCGUUCCAAGGGAGUGAACGGACGGACGCGCGCGGCCGCGUCACGUGAUACGGAGGGCGGGCGCCGAGUUCCCCGGGCUGUGCGCCAUUUCCCGUAUGUGAAGGUCCACGGGUCUCAGGUGCGGCGGCAUGGAGGACCCCGCCAUUCCCGCGUCCCCGGGGGCCGUCCUGGCCUGGCUGCUGGUCGUCUGCGGGGCCCUGCUGACCGGGCUGCUGGGGGCUGCGCACCGGCUGGGGCUGCUCUACCGGCUGCGGCACCAGGUGGACCGGGACAGCCCCCGGCACGGCGGGGAGAGUGUAGCGGCCGUGCUGCGAGCCCACGGUGUCCGCUUCCUGUUCACGCUGGUGGGCGGCCACGUGUCCCCGGUGCUGGUGGCCUGUGAGAAGCGUGGCCUCCGCGUGGUGGACGUGCGGCACGAGGCCACGGCCGUGUUCGCUGCCGACGCCGUGGCGCGUCUGAGCGGGACAGUGGGUGUGGCGGUGGUGACGGCGGGCCCGGGUCUCACCAACACGGUGACGGCCGUGAAGAACGCCCAGAUGGCCCAGUCCCCCGUGCUGCUCCUGGGCGGGGCGGCCAGCACCCUGCUGCAGGACCGGGGGGCCCUCCAGGCCAUCGACCACCUCUCCCUGUUCCGGCCGCUCUGCAAAUUCUGCGUCUCCGUGCGGAGGGUCCGGGACAUCGUGCCCACGCUCAGGGCCGCCAUGGCCGAUGCCCAGUCCGGCACCCCAGGCCCUGUGUUUGUGGAGCUGCCCAUCGACGUGCUGUACCCCUACUUCAUGGUCCGCAGGGAGAUGGUGCCCGCCAAGCCUCCCAAGGGCCUCAUGGGCCGUGCCCUCUCCUGGUACUUGGAGAACCACUUGGACGACCUGUUUGCGGGAGCCUGGGAGCCUCGGCCCGAGGGCCCCCUGCCUGUGGACAUCCCCAAGGCGUCCGCCCAGCAGGUGCAGUGCUGCGUGGAGGUCCUCAGCCGGGCCAAGAAGCCUCUCCUGGUGCUGGGGAGCCAGGCCCUGCUGCCCCCCACCCCGGCCGACAAGCUCCGGGCGGCCGUGGAGACCCUGGGAGUCCCCUGCUUCCUGGGGGGCAUGGCCCGGGGGCUGCUGGGCGCCAACCACCCGCUCCACAUCCGGCAGAACCGCAGCGCCGCCCUGAAGAAGGCCGACGUGGUCUUGCUGGCAGGGAUGGUGUGUGACUUCCGUCUGUCCUACGGCCGCGCCCUGAGCCGCAGCAGCAAGGUCCUCAUCGUCAACCGGGACCGGAGGGAGAUGCUGCUGAAUGCAGACAUGUUCUGGAAGCCCCACACGGCCGUGCAGGGAGACGUGGGCUUGUUCCUGCUGGAGCUGGUGUCGCGCCUGCGGGGCCUGGCCUGGGCCCCCGACUGGGCGGAGGAGCUGCGGGAGGCCGACCGGCAGAAGGAGCAGGCCUUCCGGGAGAAGGCAGCCCAGCCCGUGUCCCGGCACCUGAACCCCGUCCGGGUGCUUCAGCUGGUGGAGGAGACGCUGCCCGCCGACUCGGUGCUGGUGGUGGACGGAGGCGACUUUGUGGGCACGGCCGCCCACCUGCUGCGGCCGCGGGGCCCCCUGCGCUGGCUGGACCCUGGGGCCUUCGGGACGCUGGGCGUCGGCGCGGGAUUCGCACUGGGGGCCAAGCUGUGCCGCCCCGAGGCCGAGGUCUGGUGCCUCUUUGGGGACGGAGCCUUUGGCUACAGCCUCAUCGAGUUUGAUACCUUUGUCCGACACAAGGUCCCCGUGCUGGCCGUGAUCGGGAACGACGCCGGCUGGACCCAGAUCUCCCGAGAGCAGGUGCCCAGCCUGGGCAGCAACGUGGCGUGUGGCCUGGCCUUUAGCGAUUAUCACAAGGCGGCCGAGGGCCUGGGUGCCCGGGGUCUCUUGCUGUCCCGGGAGCGAGAGGACCGGGUGGCCGAGGUGCUGCGGGAAGCCCAGCGUCUGGCUCAGGACGGCCGCCCCGUGGUGGUGAACGUCCUUAUCGGGAGGACGGACUUCCGGGACGGCUCCAUCUCCGUCUAGGGUGGCCGGGCGCCCCCCUCCCCCAGCAGUGACACCGCCACCCACUCCCGGGGGGCCGCACCCCUCCUCCCGCCUCCAGCAAAUAAACCGCCGCUGGCGGCCGGGACUCGUGGGUCCAAGUUUAUUUUCCACAAAGGCCAAGCGAGGGACGAGGCCUGGGUGCAGGACAGACGGCGGGGGCUCUCCUCUCCUCUCCCACCGGGUGCGGGCCACAGACCCCCGCCCACCCCUGCUCAGUCUCCCGCCACUGGCCUGACAGACGCAGGUGCACGGAGGUAAUAAAUAGGGUCCGUACCAGAGUGCCGAGCCCCACUGGGGGGGAGUUGCUAAGUGCUCCGUGUUUUCCUCGGGUGGGAGUGGGCAGGGGGGCUGCCUGGCCAGAGUCACCGAGUCCGGGGUUGCCCCGAGGCCGGGAGGGCGGAGGUGCGGUGCUCAAAGCUGAUACUGAAGGGUGGGCUAGUUCCGCGGGCUGGAGCCCCGGCCACCCCCACUUUGGGGGGGGGUUCCCACUGGCACUGUGCUGUCUAUGUCUGUCUGUCCGAGCAUGUCAGCUCGGAGUCAGUGACAUCCUGCGUGUGCGAGGCCCUCAAUUCCAGGAGGGAAGGAAAAAAAUAAAAUAAAAUAAAAGGCUAAUACUGA